AUGACUGAAAGAACAUAAUGGAUUUAUAAAAGCAAGGAAGUUUUAAAACCAAUUUUGGAAACUCAAUUAAUUGGAGUGUCGAGAGCUAUUGUAGGAUUACCAAUGGAUCAUUUCUUCGAUCGCUUUAAGACUUUGAUCUAGGCUUCUUAAAAUAACAAUUUUAAACAAGUAAACCAUUAAAAGCCACAAAUAGCUAUUUCUUGAAAGUUAUUAUCGGAAUGGAAUUUUCAGGGGAAUAUUCGCUGGUUUUUCAUCAUAAAUAAGCAUUUAAUUAUUUAAAUAGUACUAUAGGUAAAUUCGUAAGCUAGUAUUUGUAGAUGGCCCAUGAUGAUUUUGAUUCCAAAGCUCUAUAUGCAAAUUUUGCCUCAAAAGGUUAAAGAAAGUGCUCCAGCUUUACACAAAGGAUUAGCAGGAAUAACUAUUGCUUUGUUUGAGUCUUUUGUAACUUGUCCUUUCGAGAGAGUUAAAUGUCAAAUGAUGACUUAAUAAUAAUCCAAGUCUGGUAAGAGAUUCUAGAUAUAUAACUUUAGUUCUCAAAUAUAUGUGGGAACAUGAUGGAGGAAUUCGAGGAUUUACUAGAGAUUUGUUUACUGGCAUGGAAGUCAUGAUUCUAAAAUAAGUUGUUUCAUGGACUAAUUAUUUAUAUUGGGAUCACAGGGUUAGAUAUUAUUUCAAAGGGGAACCAUCUCAUAAAUUGACAAUGUAAGAGAUUGUCCUAUGUUCUAUUGUAACAGCAAUUCCAAAUAUCAUCAUUGUUCAACCGUUUGAUAUGAUUAAAACAUAAUUUUAAAUGGAAAAUAAUGAUUAAAUAAAAAAUCUAUCAAUUUGGAAUGCCUUUAAAAAAGUGUAUGAAGAAAAGGGAGUACACGGGUUUUAUGCUGGUUGGUAAAUGAGAUUCUGUUAAUUCAUGUUCUAAGCAUUACUAACUACUCCUGUUAUGGAUUACUUGGAAAGAUUACAUGGUAUCCCAUAGAAAUAGUAGUGA